AGGCGGAAAUGCGCGAUAGCGGGUUCCGGUGACCACGAAGGCGGCUAAGGCGACGGAAUGGAGGAGGUACCUCACGACUGUCCAGGGGCCGACAGCGCCCAGGCGGGCCGAGGGGCUUCAUGUCAGGGAUGCCCCAACCAGCGGCUGUGCGCUUCUGGAGCGGGAGCCACUCCAGACCCAGCUAUAGAGGAAAUCAAAGAGAAAAUGAAGACUGUCAAACACAAAAUCUUGGUAUUAUCUGGGAAAGGCGGUGUUGGGAAAAGCACAUUCAGCGCCCACCUUGCCCAUGGCCUAGCAGAGGAUGAAAACACACAGAUUGCUCUUCUAGACAUCGAUAUAUGUGGGCCAUCAAUUCCCAAGAUAAUGGGAUUGGAAGGAGAGCAGGUUCACCAGAGUGGCUCAGGCUGGUCUCCAGUGUACAUGGAAGACAACUUGGGGGUGAUGUCAGUGGGUUUCCUGCUCAGCAGUCCUGAUGACGCUGUUAUCUGGAGGGGACCAAAGAAAAACGGCAUGAUCAAGCAGUUCCUCCGAGAUGUGGACUGGGGAGAGGUGGACUACCUCAUUGUGGACACCCCACCUGGGACGUCGGAUGAACACCUCUCGGUCGUCCAGUAUCUGGCCGCGGCACACAUCGACGGAGCAGUGAUAAUCACCACUCCCCAGGAGGUGUCCCUCCAGGAUGUCCGGAAAGAAAUCAACUUCUGCCGCAAGGUGAAGCUGCCCAUCAUCGGGGUGGUGGAGAACAUGAGUGGCUUCAUCUGUCCUAAGUGCAAGAAAGAAUCUCAGAUAUUCCCUCCCACGACCGGGGGCGCAGAGCUCAUGUGCAAGGACCUGGAGGUCCCUCUCCUCGGCAGAGUGCCCCUGGAUCCAGUCAUAGGUAAGAAUUGUGACAAAGGCCAGUCUUUUUUGAUUGAUGCCCCGGAUUCCCCAGCCACCUUAGCCUACAGAAGUAUAAUUCAGAAAAUCCAGGAGUUUUGCAGUCUCCAUCAGUCAGAAGAAGAGAACCUCAUCAGUUCUUGAAACAAGAGAAUGUUCAGGACCAGCAGUUACCGAGCGGGGCAUUCACGGGGCAGCACAUCCAGCCAGACCCAGCCAGCUCCAGGACGCGGUGGGUCACAGCAAAAAGGGACAAGACCCUGGUGUGGUCCGAAGCCACUUUCUCAGAGACACUUUGAUCCUCGAGUGUGUGUACACUAUUCUCUAGAACGUAUAUAAAGGGCAUUCUUUACAAAUGUGCCAUUUUAAGAAUUAAAAACCCCUCUUCAAACCUC